GCUGUGGUUUUUCUGAUGAUGAAAGAGGUUGGAGUGUCGCCCUGUGUCCUUGGCGUUUAAACGAAGCCGGCAUGUGUUCAGCAGCGGGGGUUUUCAUGCAACACUUCACUGCUGAAGCUCCAAAGGCACUGCUAGCGAUUAAUGAGUUAAGAUGCCCGUUUAAAAUAAUCCUCUCCACCACUCCUAAUGUGCAUGGACCGAUUGAUCCCCCCCUCGCAAUUAUUACGAGUGAUAAAUGUCACUUUCUGUGCUGAGUGUUGGUUGUUUUUAAAUAUUCCUGGUUAUUUCCCUUAUUGAUAAAUAAGUUCCCUCUUCUUCCUGCUCCCCCCUCCCUUUUCUCCUCCCCCAGAAUUAAAUUCCUGAGCAACAGCAAAAGCUGAUGUCAGUGCUUCAGCUUGCAUUGGGGGAGCUCUGUGCACAGGUUCAGCACAAUGAGUUGGCAUCCUGGGUGUUAGCAGUGUGAGGAGACCAGGACAGGUGCUGCCCUGCUCACCCCUUACCCCCUUGCUCGUUUCCCCCAGGGAGACGGGUGUUGGCAUCCUUCUGCCCCUUGCCCCCAACUCACCAUAGAGGGGACAGGCCCGUUAUGGCUGGGGACAGGCUCCCACGCAAGGUGAUGGACCCGAAGAAGCUGGCCAGCCUCCUGCGGAACGGAGCAGAGGGCACCCUGGUCAUUGACAGCCGCUCCUUUGUGGAGUACAACUCCUGGCACGUCCUCAGCUCUGUCAACAUCUGCUGCUCCAAGCUUGUCAAGAGGAGGCUUCAGCAGGACAAGGUUUCCAUCACAGAACUCAUCCAGCCUGCCUCCAAGGUGAAGGUGGAGGCAGAGGAGCACCAGGACGUGGUGGUCUAUGACCAGAGCACACGGGACGUGACCGGCUUGGCUGCUGACAGCUUCCUCUCCAUCCUCCUGGGCAAGCUGGACAGCUGUUUCCACAGCGUCUCCAUCCUUACAGGAGGCUUUGCUACCUUCUCGUCCUGCUUCCCGGGGCUGUGUGAGGGGAAGCCAGCUGCCAUCCUGCCGAUGAGCAUCUCCCAGCCAUGCUUGCCUGUGGCGAAUGUCGGCCCCACACGCAUCCUGCCACAUCUCUACUUGGGCUCACAGAAAGAUGUCCUGAACAAGGACUUGAUGACACAGAAUGGGAUAAGCUAUGUCCUCAAUGCCAGCAACUCCUGUCCCAAGCCAGACUUCAUCUGUGAUAGUCACUUCAUGCGCAUUCCUGUCAAUGACAACUACUGUGAGAAGCUGCUUCCCUGGCUGGACAAGUCCAUUGAGUUCAUUGACAAGGCCAAGGUGUCCAGCUGCCAGGUGAUUGUGCACUGCUUGGCUGGGAUCUCCCGCUCAGCCACCAUUGCCAUUGCCUAUAUCAUGAAGACCAUGGGUAUGUCAUCAGAUGACGCUUACAGGUUUGUUAAGGACCGUCGCCCAUCCAUCUCACCCAACUUCAACUUCCUGGGCCAGCUCCUGGAGUAUGAGAGGAGCCUGAAGCUCCUAAAGGCCCUGAAGUCGAAGGGUGACCGGAGUGAGGGAGAUGUGCAGCAGGACCCGGCAGAGGCAGCUGAAGGCAGCCGGCAUCCCCCACCACCUACCUCAGAGAAGGCCGAGGAGGUGCCGAGAGGCACUGGCUCGGUGUCCCCCCAUGGUGACCCUGAGCGGCAAGGCGGGACCACGAAGGUCCUGUCGCCCACUGCCCUGCAGCAGGGGCUCAAUGGCUUGCACCUCUCCUCUGAGCGCAUCCAGGACACCAACCGCCUGAAACGCUCCUUCUCCCUGGACAUCAAGUCUGCCUAUUCCCCAGGCCUGCGGCAGGAGCCCCCCGGACCCCCCGGCCCUGGAGAUGCCCCCAAACUCUGCAAGCUGGACAGCCCCUCUGGCCCUGGCAGCCUCAGCCCCUUCUCCCCGGGGGCAGACAGCCCCGAUCGGCCGAGCGGGCCGGACCUCCUGCUGGAGGCCAAGGUGCGGCAGCGGCGAAAACACCGGCACACCGCCGGCUCACCAGCGCACGGGCUCAGCCUCAACGUUGGCGGUGCCUGCGCUGCACGCAAGAGCCCCGGCGCCGAGGACGGGCUGCCACCGCGGCUCAGCCAGCCAGCCCCUGCUCCCAGCACCGCCACCAGCGCCUGGGGUGGGGUGCACCUGGAGUCCCCCAGCACCCCGACCAGCGAGGCCGGCUGGUUUUUCGGCAUGGACCCUGGCAGCACCAGCAGUAGCGGCGGGAGCCUGUUUGCCGCCGCCGGUCCGUACCCACCGCCCUUCGGCUGCGGCGGGGUGGCGGGUGGCUGUGAGAUCCGGUUGAGGGACAAGGCGCGGGCUGAGCCGCGGGACGGGCGGCACAGCUGGCAUGAGGAGGCCGGUGCUGAGAAGCAGUUCAAGCGGAGGAGCUGCCAGAUGGAAUUCGAGGAGACCAUGUCCGAGGGCAGGGCCCGAGAAGAGCUGGGCAAAAUCAGCAAACAGUCCAGCUUUUCGGGCAGCAUGGAGAUCAUCGAGGUGUCCUGACACACACCGGGGGCGCCUGGAGAUGCGGGAUGGGGACGGGAUGGGGGGAUAUUUAAGCUGGGGAGAGAGGGAAGGGGACAGGGACGGCGGGGUCGGGGGUCGGGGGGGGGGGGGGGGAGGGGGUAGUAUUUAUACCCACGUGUGCAUUUUCGGGAGCGCACGCGCUGAAACCGAAACAAAGGCGGAUGAGUCUUUGGAGAGUCAGGAAACACAGCGGCGGAUGCUUAGUCCCCAUCCUGCACCCACCCUGGUCCUUCCCCUCCAUCCACACAGUUCCCCGCCCUCAGAGACCCACGCUCAAAAUCUGGGCGUAAAAUUGGAGCGGGAAGGGGCAGGGGUCACAGUUCUGGCUGCAGAGACGGGGCACAGCACCUGUGGAGGGGACCAUAUGUGCCCCUUCCCUGCACCCCGGUGCGCUAAGCAUGCUCCCCGUGUUUCUCUGGCUAAGUAUCCUAAAAAUGCUGCACUGGAGCAGCCCUAUACAUAUAUAAAUAUAUAUUAUAUAUAAUAUAAAGAAAACCAACCUGAAAACACACACAAAGGAAAAGGUAAAUGGUUUUACUGCAAUUUUUAUUGAGACGUAAAUAAUAUUUCAACUUUUUUGUUUUGAUUUUAAUUUAUUGAAGCUGUUCAUUCUGGCAAUGAUUUGCAGACAAUGUGGGGCGGUACUUUCAGCUCUAUUUUUACUGUGUAUGGUAUUUAAAUCUGAAAUACGAGUUUCUAAGCAAUAUCUGAGGCCUGUGGCUCCUUCUAUAGCUCAUGUCGACAACAAAGAUUUUCUCCCCAUUCCCUCUGGGUAGACCAACAAGGGGACAGGAGACUUUUCUGUGCACUUUUUCUAGAAACAAACAAGCAAACGAGGAAACCAUAAAACCUUCUUACAACACAAAUUGAGCCAGAAAACUCUUCUGGAAGCUGCUGCCUCUUCUUCACCCCUUGGUCUCUGUUUGCUUCUCCUUACCCCUGUCCUGGCCAUUGCUCCCACCCCAGCCAUCCUUGCCAUCCUGGCUGCCACUCCAUCCCAGUCAUGUCCCCCUCCCUUGGGCUGUUCAUCCUCACUGGAGAUAGUGAGGAGGGAGUCACCUGAAGUGGAGGGAAAGGGGUUGGGUGUCACCUCCAGCUGUGCAAGGAAGGGGAAGGCAUCAGAGGCUGCCACAGUGGAGGCAGGCGGGGGGGCUGAUGGCAGUUGGGAUUUCUUGUUGGGGGGCAUCUUGCCUGCCCGCCCCAGCCCCUUGUUUCCCCCUUGCUUCAGCUACCUUGCUUGGGAGCUACGGGCACCAUUUUCCAUUUGAGGGCCAUGGUUUUUGAAGCUUCUCCCAUCCUUUGCUUCACAUCCAAGAAAAUCACGGGGUGUGUUUUUGCAGGUACUGGGACUCUCCCAGCCCUGUUCCCCUUCAGGCUGGCUCCCCUCCUUUAAGCAGGUGAUAAGCCAGCCAUACCUGAAGCUCUGCAACCUGAAGUUGUGCAAGGGGCACAACUGACUUACUUUCAGAGCUGUUUAGCUGCUUAACCCACCCUGGUGGGGAGCCAGGCUCUUGCUCCUAAACUUCAGUGUAGGCUUGUGAGAAACUGCUUUCUGGAGCUGUAGGCACUGAACUGCCUCUGCUGCAAAGCACAUCUCUCCCUGUGGCUGUCUUUGCUUUCUCCCUUGUCUCGCACUAGUUUGCAAAGCUAAUACCUCAGGGGUCUCUGUUCGUGCAUGUCUUUGUCCUGUGUCAUCCUUGGAGUGUUGUUUCUUUUUCUUUUCUGGGUCCACAUGGUUUCUCUCUUUCCCUUGUUCCUCCUCUUGUUGUUCAUUUCUAUCUUUAAAUCAAACUACACGUGACAAAACCAAAUGAUCUCAGGUUUAAAACUGAACACAAAGCAGAGGCAUGAGGAGUUGCAAUAGUGCGAGGAGGGGCUGCUCGCUUCAGCUGGUUACUUCCCCAACCACCUCUGUGUCCAUGGCUGAGGCCUCCCCAGAGGCUCCUUACUUUCUGCAGGCUGGCUUUAGUUUUUCUGGUUUUCCAUGGGGCCAUUUGGUGAGAUGCUGGGGACCACCAUGUGCUCCUGUCCAGUUCCCCGAGGUGUGGCGGGGAGGGACGAGGCUUGCUGGAGAGCCAGUGAUCACCUACUUCUCUUCCCACAUCACUUUUGAUGUGGCAAGGGAUCUCACAGCCAUCCCUCAAAGGCCCACCACCACCACCACCCAUCAUUGCCUCCACCAACCACCUUGAACCAGCUCAGUCUUGCCAAGCCAAACGUUUCUCUUUUCUGAAAGGACAAUGUCACAAUUAUCUAAGCUCCCUUUUCAGUUUCCAAUAAGCACUUGGGUCCAUCCUGUGAGCCAGGCAGCUAUUCAAGAGCUGCACUUGCAGCAGGGUCUCAAGGAGGCUUUGAUGUGAAGUCCAAGGAGGAAGGGAAAAAGGCUUCAUUCUCCCUCCAGUAAACACCCUGAGCCCAGGGUUAGUGCUGCCUGCUUCCUGCACAAGGAGUGCUACUGGUCUCCCUUCCCUUCCUGCUGCCCUCAGCAGUGGCACCUCUUCCCAAGCAUGCCAGGGAUCAUCACCUGCUGAUUUCUGCUCUGCAUUGCUCAGUUCCUACCCAUCCUGUAGUCCUCCAGGGCUGGUGCCAGCAUGGAUCAACUGAGCUCAGGUCAGCCAUGUUGCUGGCAGGAGCUGGUUAGGUGUAGCUUUGGGCAAUGGAAAGGGGGCUAGGUGACUUCCCAAGGAAUUGAAUAAAAAGAGGACAUCAGGUUGGCACAGUCAGGUGGGGAGAUGAGCUGAGGCAUUAUCAAGCUCUCCUGAAACUCAUUCCGUUAGCUGACAUGGCACAUUAUGAAUGCAAAAAAGCAGCUGGAGUAAAUCAGGAAGGAGAGGGCACACAUUGUACAUGAGACUCUAAAUGCCUGCAAAGAGGCAGAUAAGUGGUUUGCCUUCUGUCAUCUCCACUAUGCCAUUCCCUGGAUGCUCCUCAGCCAUGUUUGAGGGGUUUAGGCACUCUUAUGUACAAGACUUUAAGGCUACAUCCAGAAAAUAUGCUUUGAUGGAGCAGCCCUGCCUAAGUGUCUACUGCUAGUGCUGACCCAAAGCCAUCAGGGUCGCCAAGUGGCUUACAGUUAACUGAAAUGAUAUUUUUUUAAAAUCAGGCCCUGAUUUUUUUUUUUUUUUCAAUCAGACCAUUUUGUCCAUGAAUCAGAUUGUGAGUUAUGAGGAUGGAAGUGCUGGCUUGUAGCUUUUCCCAUCAUCUGUCAGACAAGUCUUUUUACGGGCUUUCAUAAGCCAGACAACCCAAUCCAAAGGCUCACUGGAACCAAAAUUCACCUUUCCAAUCUAAUCUGAUGAAGGUGCAUUUAUCUGUAGGGUUCCACAGUGACAGAAGUGUGAACAGAGGAGAGGAAAGGUCUCUCCUUGCAAGGGAAGAACCAUCAAAGCUGUUGAGUGCCCAGUGGUCACAGCAGUGGCAGUGGCUGAGCUUUCCACUAGGUGAAGGAUGGAACAAAUCACAGCUUUCCUUCAUGCUAGCAGGGACAUUACAACCUUAUCUCCAGCCCAUCUGUCCCUGGGGCUGAGCCCUCCAGCCACAUCCUUCCCACCUACCUAUCAGGGGGGUGAGUGAAGCCGGCAAGAGGGCAGCAAUCAGGUUGGCAAGACCGAGGCAGAGGCUUGGGUUGGAGCAGGCUCACCCCCAGCCUUGGCGGCAGCAUCCCCAUGACCUGCUGCCUUCCUGGCCCUUCUCUUUGUCUUCUUGUUUCUUUGGAUGUCCAUCCCCGUCACAUCUGCCCCUUAGGAGACAAUGCUCCCCAGAACCCUCUCCUGCUGUCCUCUUCCCCUUCCCAUCCUUAAUACUAAUGAUAAUAAGCUAUCAGUGUUGUCAUUGCAAUCUAUGAACGAUAGAUUUGAGUAUUUAUGAUUAUGAUUAUUAUUAUGGUUAUGAUUCUGUACGUUUUUGCUUCUUACUCUUUGUAUGUUGCUCUUUGUUUCUCUGUUGUGAAUAAAUGCAAGGCCCCACCACACCUUCUCUCUGCUCCCCGCAGCCCAGCUGGGGCUGCACUCCCGGCUGUCCCAAACCCCAGGAGGCAAACCCUUGUCAGAGGAGCUGGAGGGUUGUGCUUCCUAAGGGUAUAAAGACACCCAAACCCUGGGCAGAUCAAUUUUCUUAACUCUUCCCUUCCCCUCCUGCUGCUCCUCUCCCCUCUACAGGUGCCUACUUAUGUUUGUAAAAGGCAGGAGCUCACUGGCACCAAGAAUGGAGGAUUAAAUGGCAAAAGCUUAAAGCUUUUGUAACAGCUUCAAAAGAAGCAUUGGCCAGGAAUCCAGCUCAUGGAAUCAGCUCUCUCCAGGUCAUAGUCCUCUCACCUUCUUCAGCUGGCUGCACCUACAGGCUGCAUCUUCACCUGCAGGGGCUUCUUGCUCUGCUAUAGCAGCUGGUUUGCAAAGCUCCCCACACACAGCUGAGCCCAUGCACUGGACACUCCAUUUUAGCCAGGUGCCCUGGGCUUUCUUGGCUUGAGUGUCCUCCUCAUGUCAGGUGAGCUCCCCCUGCCUGGGGACAGCACAGCCUAGGGAGGACAUGUGGCCAGUGUUAGAACAAGAUCGGUGGCAGAGGAGCAAGGAGAUAUGUGAGCAGCCUCUAGCACCUGGAGGGAUUCAGAAAGGGGCUGGGAGUGGCUCCCAAAAUGGGGCUGGACACGGCCUUUAUCUAACACUGAUAAAUCAGGAUGUUGUAAAUGAACAGAGUCCAGUGAUGUUUUGUCACACCCAUCGCCUGGGAUCCUUGUACAACCUGGACGUUCCCAGAUGAUUGUAAGGUGAAGGAGACAUUAGGGGAAGGGAAAAGGAACCCUGUCUGCACUGCGGUACGAAAUAUUCUCCAUACUGCGCCAGCCCCAUGAAGAGUUAUUUUAAUUUGCAGGGUUUAACACCACCCUUCUCUCAGUGGCCUGGGCAUGGUCUCUUGUCUCUGUCAUGACUUUGCUUCACUGUGGUUCGGGUCCUUCUCAUCAUGCUGUUCUGAACUCAUUUCCGAGAUUUCUCUGAGGCCAUGCAGGAGAGCAAAUAGCUCAGGUCUCAACCCUCUCUUGGGAGACCUUGGCAGACCCCCACUGGGGUCCUGGUCUGGCAUCACCCUUCCUACCUCACCUGCCUUUUGGGCAGCCAUGGACAAGGAGGGAGCAGGCAGGUCCCAACCACACCAGGGCUGAGUCUCCUCACCUUCCACCCCAUCCCUGCAGGAUCAGGCCUUUCCUCAGCAAGCACAGCACGGGGGGCUCUGCACCCAUCCUGGUGUACCUGGGGACUCCUGAGCAAGGAAAAGAGGCUCUGGCCACUAGCCCUACCACCCUCCCUUCCUCGCUCUUUGGCCAGUGCCAGUAUUGGACCCAAGGAGACACCCUGUCCCUGCCUCAUCCUUAUUUAUUUAUUACCAGAGGCUGUAAACAGCAGUGCUUUUCUACCCUCUACUUUCUUUUCCUUUCUUUUGUAUUUUGGAACAACGUGUUGUAAUAAAUACCCAAAUAGGUGUUUUAA